AUGGCGGUAAUAGAUGGGACUCCUCACAUUACCGCCCGGAUUCGGGUCGCCGGAGAGUUGGCGACUGAAUACGAUGUGCCAGAUGAUGUCGAGAUGAUUGCUCCCAACGCAGAAGAAGAUACGACACCGAGCAAACACUGCUACAUCGAGUGUAAAUCAGGCGCCGAGUUUGCUAUCGAAGUCACUGUCUCUUCUGGUUUCAAAAUCCCCUCGAUGAACGACACCGUCUGGAUGUUGAUAUUCAUCGACGGAGCAUACAUGGGCAGUUUGAACAUAGAGAAACACGAAUUAGAGAGACAGGUCACCCGAAUCAAAACAGACGCGGUAUUUAAUCUAGAAGAAGGAGGAGCAGAAGUCAAGAAAUUUAUGUUUACUUCCAUCACAAAGAGCGAUUCCGCAUCCAGAUCAAAGAUCGAGGAAGAUGCCUUGCGGGCCAAGGGCUUAGGAAUAAUCAAAGUAGUCGUUUACACGGCCAAGACUUCAAAGAAACAGUUAAACAGACAUGCUCCCGGGGUCACCAUUGUCCAUCAAUCAGAUUUUGCGGAAAAAGCGUUGAAGGGCAAAGGGAUAAGCCAUGCGACUGCCCUGGCAGCAACGGGAGAUAUUAUUCCCAGGCACCGAAUUAUCGAUAUCGAGAAUAGAAUCAAUCUCGGAGAGUUCUUCUUUCAUUACCGAUCCCAUGAAGCGCUACAGAAUGAAAUGGUCAUCCCACGAACUCCUUCGCCAGAGCCUCCAGCUGUGGCCAUAGAUGGCGAUGACGUUCUUUCUCAUCUCUCAGAGAGUGAGAUACGACGUCUCGCAAUGGAAAGACUGCGUGAUAGCAAUAUCAAGCUGGAGUCUUCUGGGAUCAAACACGAGGCGAAUGGUCAUCCAGCUACCACUAGACCAUGGAAAGUCGUCAAGCUCGACGACGGGAAAGAAGCCGUUGAUUUGACGGAUGAGUGA